AUGCACCCAACAGCUACACGACAUAACCGAUCGUCUAUACAAUCAGCCGUUCCACCUACGUCAACACCCUCGCCCAUUGUACAUCCGCAACAACAACAGCAACAAAUUCUUUACGGUCCUAUCCCUAAUCCAACAUUGACUCUUCAACCAUGUGGAACUAGUUUGCAUCCGUCUUGUAUUUAUCCAGGAGCACGUCGUAAUGCUGCUUUGACUAAUCCUGUUCCUUUACACAUACAAGGCAAAAGCAGCAGAUGGCCACCCAAGAAUAAACUCGUACGAAAUCCAGAAUAUUGUCAGCAACAACAGCAACAUAUUCAGCAACAACUAUCCUACAACCCGAAGUCUUUGGUUCUGUUUGAUCAAACAACAAAUACUGCUCCGGUGCCUGCACCAACUGCCUCGUUUUUAAUUGCCUCCUCAACCUACACCCAUGGUUCCUUUUCUGGGGAUCAGUACAAUUCUGGAAUCACUUUAGUACCGCAAGCUUACUUCAAGUCUCCAGAUGUUCAAACAUUUUGCCUACUUCAAGAUCGACAACAGCAACAGCAACAGGAACAACUGUCACAUGGUUCCUAUUACAAUGUUUCAUCCACAAACACUUGCAACUUGCAAACCAUCAAUACCAAUCCGCUAUAUCAAUUUCAUAACCCGAAUCCUUACGCAUCCCCAGCAAAUUAUUCGAAUCAAAUCACGAGCCCGGUUCAAACGUCUCAAUCGAAUCAAAUCUUCCCCAAUCCUCCGGUGAACUUGGUCUUUGGAAAUCUGCAAAGAGAUAAAUCAGCGACCACCUCCGCCACCUUCGAUAUCGCAACAUUUAAAUGCGCUAAAAACCGAUUACCAGCAGUGAACGAUUCACAAAUCCCAUCAAUAGCUGUAGAGAGUUACAGUGAAUGGCCAUCGCAAGCGACCACCUCGUCUGCUAAUAAUUUAUUGGACAUAAAGCCAAGUGCGAAUGACGCAAAACCAGAAACCACGGCGUACCCUUUAGAGAAAGCUGUUCCAAAUGUACCUACGAAAACCCAAGAAGAACAUUAUUCCGACGAAUCUUCUGCCAGCUUCGAUUUCACUAUCGAAGCUGAGAAAAUGGUCUCGGCGCUUUGCAACACAUCUUCCAACGACAUCGGUAAAGAUGAAACGAAGAAUGAUAAAUCCGAUUCGGCGCCGUUGUUCAAUGGCGCUGGUGACACUAUUUCGAACAAAAACACAUGGUUUACCGAUUUUUGCGUGGAUUACGGAACGAGCACGUCGAAAGCCGUGCAAACGGAUGGAGCAAACAUCGAUCGAGCCCAAUACCCAGAAUUGCUGCGAAAAGUUAUUUACUGGGGAUGCACGGAAGCCGAGGUCGUUUUAAAUAAUAAUUGCAAAACUAAUCAAAAAUUCAGUUGGCUAAGAAACCUUUCUACCGCCACUAAAACGGCUGUUACGAAAUCAUCGACGUGCUUUCCGAUCUUCGCCGGGGAUCGUGUAUUCGUCAGCGAUCUGAUAAACGCCUUGUUACGAAUCAGCAACGGUUGGCUUAUCCUCGACAAUUAUUUAAACAAGCAACAUUACCCGAGUUUAGACGACAAGCUCAAUUGCGAAUUGAUUAGAUGCUUUCAACAAUGGGAAGAGAACACGCACGAGCUGCUUAAUCAGAUUGUCCAAACGUUUAUGAAACUCGAAGAGAACGGUGAUACUUCUACAAUCGAGCAAAAACCAGAAUCAUUUGGAACCUCUUUUCCAGGUGACGUUUCAGUUUACACGAACCACGAUUUGUUCGAUCCUUCUUCGGGCAUGAAACAAGAAUCGGCUAACAAAAGGAACGAUCAAGACCCACCGUUCAAUGUCGCUCAGUUGCCGAGAAGCGGAAGUCUGCGAAAUUUCGGCCAGUACAACGUUAAUCAACCGAGACAGUCGUCUGAGAAAGAAACAAAAUUACGAAGUAAGUGGACUAUUACUGACAAUGAGAAUGUAACAACAAUAGACAGCACGAAAUCCGUGGGUGAUAUGUUCCCAGGGCACGUGGAAUCUGGAGCUCAAUCGAACGGUAGAUUUCGUUCGAGAGGAAAUCCGUCCAGCGCAAAGACCGACACAUCCACGCAAUCAUUGAACGCGGAAUUUUUUCACCUGAGAAGCAAAGUUCUGACGGAAAGUAACCAGGAGCCAUCCAGGCAGUGGACGUUUAAGGAGAAGAAGGAAGAACUGGCUGAAAACGGUUCGUCGCCACGGGAGAAUGUCGAUUCCAUUUUUCGAUUACAACAACGACAACUGGAUGAAAAUUACGAGUCCAGUUAUGCCCAGAAAUGUUUAUCAAAGAUGGAAUCGUCGUUUCUGAACCCUUCGAUUAGCCUCCAAUCAAUGUAUUUUACCUCGAAUAACGAGGCCGAACAUUUUUAUCCAAAUUAUCCCAUUUCUCCUUCGUACACGGUAGAUUAUGGUCACAAACAUUUGAAGAAUAUCGAUCAGAAUCACGGAAGCAAAGGGAAUAUGGAUUUAAUUUACGUUGGUAAAUCAUCGACCAGUCAACUGCAAUUAGCAGCAGUUCCAAAAGAUAAAAUGACGUUGCUCAGUCAGAUUGAGCCAAGUGUACCGGAAAAAUCGUCCGAGGAGAUGACUGCAAAUCUGUCCGCGUGGUUCGCCAGUAUAAGAAAUUCUGAUAAUCGUCAAAUGUCGUUUAUGAAUCUCGCCGAUGGGAAUAUGGAAAAUGUAACCUCGCGAACAGCUGGUCGUCACGAAACGUCAAAGGACCUUGGUAAUUGUAUCAGACAAUUACAAAUUGAUGCCAAUUGUCAAUUCCAAACGUUACAAAAUAUGCAAAGCAUUCAAACGGCUCCGUGGAACGCUUAUAAUCUGAUCAAUAACCGGAUCCAAGUACAGCAAGUUCCGGAAGAAUACGACAGCUCCGAGGACGUUCGAGUGUACAUGAAACCAGGAAGUUACAACGUUCCAAAGAAAAGGCAUCAGAGAAGAUCGAAUCGUCGUUUAGAUAAUUCGCGAAACACGGUCGGUGAAUCUUCCGCUAAUCAUCGGAAUCAUUACAGCAAUAAAGAGAAAACAUAUUGCGCAGCUACAUCGUCGACACCUUUGCCUCGACCCAUCGCAUCCGUUACCACCACCAAUUCCACGGGUACAAUAACGAAACUACCCUUUCCGGCCAGUCCUAUCGUCCCGUCGUCUGCAUUUUCUCUCGAUAAUUCGCCUAGAAUUUUGAAACGCUCCGAUACCACCAAUUACACCGUAUCCGAGGAUGUCACUUGGAAAGCGGCAUGUGCUUCCGCUGAAAUUCUCUUGGAAGCUUUAAACGUGAAAAAAGAUACUGAUUCGAAGAAGAAAGAAAGCCAGUUGACUGACGUUAGCGAGGAACCGGAACGUAUAAAAGAAAAUGAUAACAGCGACACGACGCGCAAUCAAGAAAAAUUAAAAGAAACAUUCGCGAAAACUGUGAAAGAUGACAAAGAUGUUUGCGGCGGUGUUUCAAGUUACGAAGCGUCCGAGGACGAGUCCGAAUCAACUUAUCGUCUUUCUCCCAACACGAGUAUCAACGAGAUUUCUCAGUCUUCUGAAAAUAAAAAUGGUUCUAGUAAAAUGAACGUAAAAACGGACUCGUGGUUAAUUAGAACUUUGAACAACGUUAGUAUGGCGAACAAACAGAAACGACGAAAAAAUACCACAAAACGACAUAGUUCGGAAUCGUCGAACAGUUCGGUGACGGAAAACGAGCAAACGGCAGCAGUUUCAUCGAUGACCAAUGGCGAUGUAAACGCAAUAACAAUGAUCAAAAACGUGGAAGAAACUACUUGCUUGAAACAAAGUUCAGUGACCAGCGAUCGAAUGAAAACAUCGGAGAAAAGCGAUCGAAUCACUGGAAAAGCCACUUAUUCCGAGACUGUAAGACGUUGCACUUCCUUGAGCGCAUCCUUCACAGAGAAGAAAGAAUUUAGCAAAAAAGGAAAAUUAAAUAUCGCUAAUGCAUCGGCAAUAUCUGCGCGCAAAUGUCAACGAAAAGAUUUGGAAAAAUCCUACCGUCUGUUGCACAACAAACUGUGCAAAUUUCCUGGGAAAAAGACGACGAGAAAUUAUAAUAUCGAUGAUCCUCAAGAAACAUCCAAGUCUGUAAUUGGCAUGAAACACAGUAGGAAAAAAGAGAAUGCCGAGUAUAUUGAAUUCUUAGAUGGAAAAAGUGAUCGAGGUUGGUCUGUAUGGUACAGUUCGAAAAGAAAACAGAGCCUUAGCCCUCUUGCUCUGAGUAAGCUAGAAAUGAUCCAUCAAGCAGUUUGGCAAAUGGAGGAGGCAGAAAUUUUCAAGUGUCCAUCUUCGAGAAACAACGAUCUUUCUUCUGCCCACACAAUCGAAGACUAUUGUAAAGUUAUCAAAAGUCCGAUGUUUCUCGAAACUGUCGAGUACAAGCUGAAGAAUCGAAUCUAUCAUAAAGUAGAACACGCAGUUAGAGACUUCCGUCGUAUCGUUUAUAAUUCAAGAUUAUACCAUAAGAACGAUCAUGACCGAGUGAAAACGAUCGAGACGUUGUCGAAGAAACUUGAAGAAUUAUUUGAAGAACAUUUUGCUAGCUGGGACUUUGAUGACAUUAGUGGAAGUCCAAGGGAAAGUUCGCCGGUAUUUCAUCGAUUUAAAACUACUGAACAAAAGUCAGUAACACGACGUUAUAGUAACGCGAAGAAAAGUCCGUCCCCUUCGAUUACAGAAAGUAUAUGAUUUCAUAUCUCUGUGCGAUAUCGAACCUUAUAGAAAAGAAGACUAUUGUGCCUGAUGUUUUGUUAUACAUCUACAAUUUAUAUUACCCUUAGAUUAAAAAGGAAACUAAUUGAUCGCAUCGAAUUUAUGAAACCGAUGGAUUCAAAGUCAAAUGUAUAUCUCUAAGACUCGAUUAUAUUAACCGCGUUCUAGUCACGCAUCAGUUCGUAUCUUUGUUAUCGUAAGCAUUUUUUUUUUUUUUACAAUUUUUCUUUCGCAAAGUAACUUACUCCGUUAAGUACAAAUAAUUGAAGUAUUAUAGGAAUGAAAUAAUUUUUCAUUUAUAACACGAU